GCAGCACUAGAACUUGGAAUCUUGUAUCCUGUAGGGAGGCACAGAAAGAAAGCAAGCACUUGUUAAAAAUGGGGAAUUACAAGUCCAGACCUACACAGACUUGCUCUGAUGAAUGGAAGAAGAAAGUUAGUGAAUCCUAUGCUAUUAUAAUAGAAAGAUUGGAAGAUGACCUGCAGAUCAAAGAAAAUGAAUUUACAGAACUAAGGCACAUCUUUGGCUCUGAUGAAGCCUUCAGUGAAGUCAGUUUGAACUACCGCACAGAGAGUGGGUUGUCUCUGCUGCACCUGUGCUGUGUUUGUGGAGGCAACAAGUCACAUGUCCGUGCCCUUAUGUUAAAAGGGCUCCGUCCUUCCAGACUGACAAGAAACGGGUUUCCAGCGCUGCAUUUGGCAGUCUACAAGGACAGCCCGGAGCUGAUCACUUCCCUGUUGCAUAGUGGAGCAGAUGUCCAGCAAGUGGGGUAUGGUGGCCUCACAGCCCUCCACAUUGCUGCAAUAGCUGGUCACCCAGAGGCUGCAGAAGUGUUGCUGAAACAUGGAGCCAACAUUAAUGCUCAAGACGCAGUCUUCUUCACUCCACUGCACAUCUCAGCCUACUAUGGGCAUGAGCAGGUAACCAGUGUCCUUUUGAAGUUUGGUGCUGAUGUCAAUGUAAGCGGUGAAGUUGGAGACAGGCCUCUGCACCUGGCCUCUGCCAAAGGGUUCUUCAACAUUGUGAAACUCCUGAUAGAAGAGGGGAGCAGAGCAGAUGUGAAUGCUCAGGACAAUGAGGACCAUGUCCCCCUGCACUUCUGUUCUCGCUUUGGACACCACAACAUUGUGAACUACUUGCUCCAAAGUGACUUGGAGGUUCAGCCUCACGUUGUUAACAUCUAUGGUGACACUCCUUUGCACCUGGCAUGCUAUAAUGGAAAUUUUGAAGUUGCAAAGGAAAUUAUUCAUGUAACAGGAACUGAAAGUCUGACUAAGGAAAACAUCUUCAGUGAGACAGCCUUUCACAGUGCUUGUACCUAUGGCAAGAACAUUGACCUGGUAAAAUUUCUUCUUGAUCAGAAUGCUGUGAACAUUAAUCACAGAGGAAGAGAUGGGCACACAGGAUUGCACUCUGCUUGCUACCAUGGCCACAUUCGCCUGGUUCAGUUCCUACUGGAUAAUGGUGCUGAUAUGAAUCUAGUUGCCUGUGAUCCCAGCAGGUCUAGUGGUGAAAAGGAUGAGCAGACAUGUUUGAUGUGGGCUUAUGAAAAAGGACAUGAUGCCAUCGUCACACUUCUGAAGCACUACAAGAGACCCCAGGAUGAGCUGCCAUGUAAUGAAUACUCCCAGCCUGGAGGAGAUGGCUCCUAUGUGUCUGUUCCAUCCCCCCUGGGGAAGAUCAAAAGCAUGACGAAAGAGAAAGCUGAUGUCCUCCUCCUGAGGGCUGGAUUGCCCUCCCGUUUCCAUCUCCAGCUCUCUGAAAUUGAGUUCCACGAGAUUAUCGGCUCAGGUUCUUUCGGGAAAGUCUAUAAAGGGCGGUGCAGGAAUAAAAUAGUGGCAAUCAAACGAUACCGAGCCAACACCUACUGCUCUAAGUCAGAUGUGGAUAUGUUUUGCCGAGAGGUGUCCAUCCUCUGCCAGCUCAACCACCCUUGUGUGGUUCAGUUUGUGGGAGCCUGCCUGGAGGACCCCAGCCAGUUUGCCAUUGUCACACAGUACAUACCAGGAGGCUCUCUCUUCUCCCUCCUUCAUGAACAGAAGAGAAUUCUUGACCUGCAGUCUAAACUAAUUAUUGCUGUAGACGUUGCCAAAGGUAUGGAGUACCUGCACAGCUUGACCCAGCCAAUCAUCCACCGAGACCUAAACAGUCACAACAUUCUUCUCUACGAGGACGGUCAUGCUGUGGUGGCAGAUUUUGGAGAAUCAAGAUUUCUGCAGUCCCUGGAUGAAGACAACAUGACAAAACAGCCAGGGAACCUACGCUGGAUGGCCCCCGAGGUAUUCACACAGUGCACACGCUACACCAUCAAGGCAGAUGUCUUCAGCUAUGCCCUGUGUCUGUGGGAGCUCCUCACCGGAGAAAUUCCCUUCGCGCAUCUCAAGCCAGGAUAACAGUCAGUGAAUUUUAGCGAACAUGUGUAGCUGUAGAACCACAGCCUCCACACGUAUGCUGCUCUGCACACUCCAGAAUGUUCUCUGCACUUUCGUAAAGCAAUGCCCGUUCCCCAGCUCCAGCACCCGCUGUUGCUGGACUGGUUCCGUGUCUGGAGGUGGACUUCUCCCCAGCUCCAGCACCCGCUGUUGCUGGACUGGUUCUGUGUCUAGAGGUGGACUUCUCCCCAGCUCCAGCACCCGCUGUUGCUGGACUGGUUUCUGUGUCUGGAGGUGGACUUCUCCCAGGACAUCUCAGGAAGGGAACCGCAUUGCCCUGCUUAUCUGUACCCAUUCUUCUCACUUCUGUGUGAUAAAUGUGACUGUGCAGAGGCCAGCUGGUGACUUUUUGAGCCACUCUAGUUUAGAGCUGUUGUGAUGAGAAUUACCAAAACUGUUUAGGAGCCUGUGUACUUGUUUUUCUUUUUCUUACACAUUUGUUCAAGUAUAAGAGACUGACUCCUGGAUGUAACGAUAAACUUUUCCAUGUUCUGUAUAUCAUCAUGGAGUCCCCCGGCAGUGGCUGACCACAUAUGCUGAAACACAAAGCUUAUUAUUGGCCAUUAAAGUUUGGGUAUGCUUGGAGCUUUUGGGCAUGAUUAACACUACUCUGUGAUGACUGGCUUUGGUAACCUACUGAUGUGCACAUUUGGCAUCCAUUGCUCUUUCUUUCCUGAAGUGUUUUCAUAUGGUCUUAGUGUUUAGCUGUAAGAGUGGUUUGACUCUAGAUGAAUCUAAUGUGAGGUUGCAGUGACAUUCAUCUGUGAUCUGCUCAGCAACAGCUUUAAAGAAGACCAAAGAUUUUUCACUUAUAAAAUCCCUCUUAUCAAACUUCUGUAUCAUUUUAAUAUCUGGUCUUAAAAUAUUCAGAGAUAUCUUCUCUUCCUAUGACAUGCUACAUGAAUAUCUGACAGGCUCAGGUUUCACAGCUGUGAUAUCUGCUUUGUAGUUUCUGUGGUCUACAGUGUGGGAUGAAUUUGCUAUUUUUUGUUUAGUUGUUUUUUUAGUAUCAGCAUUCAAUUGUUUCAGUAUGAUUUGUUAACGUAAACUACAAUUUUCCAGUAACUGGCUUUAGUGCUUUGUCAAGAAUCAGCCAAAAAUAUUCAUAUGUAUUUCUGACACUUUUUUAUCCACAUCAAAACAGACUCCUUCCAUCCAUGCAUCACCCCCACUCUCUCAAUAGUUACCACCCAGUCAACAUUGGUGUUCCAACUGCGUUCUUUGUAAAAGUUGCUCUAGUUAUGUGGGCUAUUUUUAUAUUCACUAUAAAUUUUAGAAGUGGCUUGUCCGCUCAGUAAAGGGAAGCUUGGAAAAUGAGGUACCAUGCAUUUGGUCCUUAGACUUAAUGCACUCUAGUUGAGGCUGAAUUCAUGUUUCAAUCAUAUUGUUCUCAGAAAACAGUCUGUCUCUCCCUGUGCUUAGAUCUGCUUUAAUUUCUUUCAAUGAACUUACAAUGUUAUAUAAAUCCUACAUAAUUUUUAGAUUUAACUAUGAAUUUUUUAUUUUUGCAAGCCAUUUUAUUACUUUUUAGUUUAAAUUUAAAUACUUCAUACAUGAGUAUGGUAUCACCCGAUUCCACCCCUCAUUCCCCCCUUCAGUGUCUUUUUGUCCCCCAUCCCAUCUUAAAUACAUGACUCCUUCUUUAAUUAUUAUUUCAUAUACAAAACGAACAUGUACUCAUAUAAGUGUAUGUAUCCCUUUUUGUAAUUACUUUGUUUUUUCAAUAAAAUUUUCCAAAUAUCUCUGAAA